AUGCCCGUUACCUACAUUCCUACAUUAGUAAACGACAAUGCACACGAUGAGGAGAUUUGGUCUGUGGCAUGGAGCAAAAAGGCCAAUGUGAUCGUCAGUGGUUCACUCGAUGCUUCAGUAAAGUGCUGGGACGCAAGCACUGGCGAGUUCAAGUACGAGUUAAAAGAACAUGCAUUGGGUGUCAUGUCUGUGGAUACGCAUGGAUCAAGAGCUGUUACUGCUUCAUUGGAUGCUAUCAUUGCUAUUUGGGAUUUGGAGAACAAUGGCACAUUGGUCAAAAAGAUCGUGGGCGACCCAGGACAAACAUGGAGCGCACGAUUCAGCCCUGAUGGAGAAUCCAUUGCCACAGGCUCUCAUUCUGGCAACAUUCACAUUUACAAUAUCGAAACGGGCGAGAAAACAACCACUUUUUCUGCAAAAGGAUUCAUCAUGUCCAUUGCCUAUAGCCCUGAUGGUCAAUUCUUAGCUGCAGGUGCUGAUGAUGGUGGCAUCUAUGUAUACAAUACCGAGACGGGUCAAUUGGCACAUACAUUUUCAGAUCAUACCAUGGCAGUGCGAUCAUUGACGUUUGCAUCCGAUAAUCGUACCUUGAUCAGUGGAUGUGACGACAAGUGUAUACACGUAUACGACGUAGAGCAUGGUCAACUUGCAUCUAUUUUAACGGGUCACACAAGUUGGAUUCUAUCCGUUGCAGCAAAUCCUGAUAUCAGCAAACAGCAACUUGCAAGUGGGUCUGCAGAUGGCAAGGUCAAAGUAUGGGAUUUGGGAAUGCGAUCGGUUAUUGAGACACACGAGGGUGACGAAGGCGAGGUUUGGAACGUGGCAUGGAAUUCAGAAGGUACAAAGCUGGUAUCAGUAUCUUCCGACAAGACCAUUCGGUGGUACGCUAGCAGUGGUUCAUCAUAG